GUGUAUUCACGUGACCCCUCGCAGAGCUGGUGCGCCUCUGAAACAGCGGCUGACACUGAAAGCAAAAGGAAACACAGCAGCCGCGUAGAUCCAAGAGUCCCUGAACUGUUUCAAUCUGUGAGGGAAAAAGUUUAUUUUUCGAGGAUGUUUUCACUCGGGGAGAAAAUGGAGUUUCUUAUCGGAAACUCAUUUUCAACAACAGUCGGCCAGAGGAUCGAGCGAGCAACCAGCGGCUCUCUGCAGUCAGAAGACUGGGGACUCAACAUGGAGAUCUGUGACAUUAUCAACGAGACGGAUGAAGGGCCCAGAGAUGCAGUAAAAGCUAUUAAGAAACGGAUUGUUGGAAAUAAGAACUUCAGAGAGAUUAUGUUGGCUCUCACUGUUCUUGAGACCUGCGUGAAGAACUGCGGCCAUCGCUUCCAUGUGUUGGUGGCAACGCAGGAGUUUGUUGAAGGGGUUUUGGUCCGUUCCAUUCUGCCCAAAUAUAACCCUCCAACUAUCCUCCAUGACCGUGUUCUCACCCUCAUACAGUCAUGGGCUGAUGCAUUUCGUAGCUCUCCCUCCCUGGCAGGGGUGGUUCAUGUAUAUGAUGACCUCAGGAGACGAGGUCUGGAGUUCCCCAUGACAGACCUGGAUGCACUAUCCCCCAUCCACACGCCAAAUAGGAGUAUCCCUGAAAAUGGGACUCCUGAGGAGGCCACUGUCACUGCUCCAACCCAUCAGUCACAAUCACAAACUCCUACCAGUGCCCCGAGUCAGAUCUCACCUCCAGUCCCACCCAGUGGUGGACCAGGCUCACUGUCUCCAAAGCAGAAUCAGAAGCUGCGAAGUGAGCUGGCACUGGUAAGGGGAAAUCUCACAGUGAUGUCUGAAAUGUUAAAUGAACUAAUACCUGGACAGAGCCCGCCAGAUGAUACAGAGCUGCUGCAGCAGCUGUUCACUGUGUGUAAAAGCAUGCAAACCCGUGUGGUGGAACUAAUCCCACAGCUGCAGGAUGAAGGAUUUAUUGAAGAGCUGCUCAUAGUAAACGAUGAUCUCAACAAUGCUUUCAUCCGCUAUGAGAGGUAUGACAGGCUGAACAAGGCUCAAAAUACAAAUGUUCAACAGAGUUCUACCACGAGCUCAAGCCUCAUCGACCACACCCCAAAGCCUUCCACCAACAGCCAGCCAGCUGUCAUUAAUACAACCAGUCAGCCAGCAGUCAGCACAUGGACCAAUCACCAGCAGCCAGCCAACCACAAAGAAGAGGAGGAGUUCGACAUGUUUGCACAAACCAGAGGAAGCUCCUUGGCUGAGCAGAGGAAAAGUGUCAGGUAUGAGGACCCUGGAGCUGUGGAGGGCCUUGCAGGAGCUCUGGACUCAAGGUUGCAGGUCACAGGAGGGAUUUCACCAUUUCACCAUGUGCAGAAUGAUAUUGACAGAUGGCUUUCCUGUGAUGUGCAGGAAGAACAAUCCUCAGUUUGUGAGGGUGUGUCUAGUGAAGAGUUUGAUAAGUUUCUGGAGGAUCGAGCAAAGGCAGCAGACCACAGCAGCCUGACUGUUCAUAAUGUGCCGUCCACCACGCCCAGACCUCCACCACAAUCCGCCCGGCAACAGGACACAUCGCAUGACCAGCUUUUUUCGCUUUGAUUGUGGGAAGAAAGUGAAUGCAGUUUAAUGAUCAUGUUAUGAAGUUAAAAUGUAUAUGAGACACACGCUGUGCACAGUUGGGUUUUCUCUGAACACACACACAAUCAAAACCGGAGCAUAAAACUGCUGUCUAAUCAACUCAUUGUAUAGAGUAAAUGCUGUUUUUCUUUUAAUUCUGCUACUUUUAGUCUUUAUGUACAUAUACAACACAUGCAUGUGACUUUAUUUAAGAUGUAUCAUUAUUAUUAUAUUAAUGUGAACAAAAAAUUUGUGUUUACAGUUAAGUAAUAGCAAAAAAUAAUACAGAAAACAUAUUUGACAUUGACACCAUCAUGUGCCUUUGAACCAGAGAGCUGAUUGUGUGUUAAUGAUAAUAAAUGGGGGGCACUGAUCCCCAAACUUG